CUUCGCGGUCGGGAGCGACUCCUGCUAGGCCAGAGUGCUGCCCAGAGAGGGGCAUCGAGCGCCGCGCUAGCCGCGGUGCUUUCGGUCCGAUCCGGGAGUGUCUCAGAAUUCCAGCGUAGGGUCGCCCUUGGACUGGAGCAGUUUUCCGUGGCCCGGAUCCAUGCGCACUCAAGGAGUCUCCGGCGGAGGGCGAGAUCCCCGGAGAUUCCUUUUGGAGGACCCUUCCAGAUCUGUCUUGUAUAAUUGCCACUAAAAGGACUGGCACUUGAACCUGUGAGAAGUAUAUCUGAGUGGCCGUUUGAGCCUAAGCCUCACUGCUCCCUUGCCCUGGCCUUUGUGGGGAAUCCUGUACCUCUCCAGACUCUCCAGGAACACUAUAUGACAAGAAGUAGAAGAUCAAGGGGGCAAAAAGAUUACUGAUAUUUAAAAAACAACUGAUGUGGACUAUACGGGUGCAUCUUCAAAAGAACAAUGAACUGGAAUACCAAACCAGAAGAUAAUGCUGCUCUUCCAUUGUAUUUAGAAAGCCAAUCAAGUUUUCUGAGAAAAGCCUUAAGUCCCCGUACCUUAACACCUCAGAGUUCUUGUAACUAUUCUAGAAAUAAUCAGGAGGUAUUUGUUUGCUCUAACAAUAAAAAUGCAACGUUACAAUCACUGCAGUAUCAUAAUAUUGAAAGUUCUAAACAUCCUCAGCAAGCUUCUCACCCAGAUAUGUCUAGUAGGGUAGUUGUCAUCCCAGAAACUUCCACUGAAAGAAUUCCUUUUUCACAGUUGAAAGUAGUACCAACAAGUCAACCAGAUCAGACUUCACAGAGAUCACUUGUAGCUCCAAAAAACUCUUGGUUAAGUUCUUCAGUGAGUGAUUCUAUCUUUUUCAGCAGAGGAUUGUCUGGUGUGACAUCUCAAACUGGUGUUGGAGGUAGUGUACAUAAUGCUUUUAAAUCUCAGGACCAGUAUGUCUCAUCAAAUACCUAUACUAUGCAGCUACAGAUGCUUUCAUCUAAUCCUUCUAAAGUUCCUUCAUUGUAUCCAGGAAAUCAAGCAUCUAAUUUAUAUUCAACAGAACAGCAAGUUGGGUGGGUACCACCCUGUACAUCCAGUGGACUAACUCUGCCAUUUCAUCAACCAAGUCAGUAUCUUGAUUCACAAAGAGGUGUAGUAACCAAUUUCUCUAAUACAAACAUUCAAAAACAACCUGCUGUUUCAGCUACACCAUUACAGGUUACAAAUAAUCAACUUUUAAACCCUAGUGUAGCUGUUACAGCACCUCCACCACCAUAUCCAAUGGUACAGUCACGUCAAUAUGCAGCUGUUAGUACAGUUACUGAGACCAAUAAUCGAAAUCUUCCUAAUUACUACUCUAGAUUAAUCCCAUCUUUUCAAAAAAAUAGUCAAUAUUUAGCUGAAAAUCCAUCUAAUGAAGUUUUACAUACUCAGCAAGUACAUCUUUCUGAAACAAAAAGAGUUUUUGGAAGAGAUUGUCAACAGCAGUGGCAGAACACUAAUGAAAAUGGCCAUCAGAAGUUGAAUGUUGAAACAAACUGUCCCUUUAAUGAACCAGGCAAUUCUUUUGCAGUUGGUGGAAUACCACACUAUAAAAAUAAACAAAUGAGAACAAGUCUUUGCGAUGCAUCUUCUGAAUUGCUGAGCAAAAUCCCAGGACCAAGCAAUCAGAUAAACAGUCUUUCUCUUGGAGAAGGUAGUGGUUUUCUUGGGAAAAGUAGUGCUUCUCUCAGGGAAGGCAGUAGUAGUACCUUUGUAAAAGGUGGUGGUUCUCAUAGAGAAGGUAGUCAUUCCACUAAUUCAGAAAUUGACAUAGCAAAAGAAAGUGAUUCCAAGAUAACAAAAGAAGGGUUAUUUAGGGAUAUAAGAAAAUUACUGGCUAUGAAAAAUGAAUUUUUGAAAUUAGCAAAAGAAAUUAAAAUUAAAAAAUCCUUUCUUUCCGAAAGUCAGGAUAAAACACUUAAUUCUUCUUCCUUGCCACAGAACCCUGCUAUGUCUUUGCAACUUCCUUCUAAGGAUCAGUCUUUUCCACAGUUAAUGUCAAUUAAUUCAGAACAUCAACCACUGACAGUAAUGCAGUCUACAGAAGAUACAAAUAAAACUAACAACACACUGAACACAAGUAUUAACGAAGUAGAUUGCUGCAGACAGAUUAAUCAAGGCAAUUCAGCCUUGCCAAGUUCUGCCUAUUCUGGAAAAUUGCAAACAGAGCAUGUAAAUGCGCUUUUUCAGGAACCCUCCCCUAUGUGUCAGAAAAUCCUAUCAACUAUUAAUCCUACACACACAGUAUCAAAUCAAACCCCCUUAGAUUUUAAUAGAGGUGAUAGGUUUGACAGACCUGAACAAUCUGAGGAUAUGAUUAAAACUUCUGUUGCCCAACAAAGACAAAAAGUUUCGAAAAAUAAAGAAGACAAUUAUAAACUUCUUUCUCAUCUCCUUAAAAGCAACAAUACAACUUUAGAUUUUACUCCCAAAAUAAUGAAUCAGGAAACAUCAGCAAAAGGUGUAAGUGGAAAUGUGCAGGACUGUAAUAAAUCUAUCCAUUCUGUAGUAAAACAAAAAACAGAAGUCACUAGUGCUCAGUCACAAUUCAACAGCGCAAGAAUUCCAGUGACUACUGGCUCAAAUGCAGAUGGUUUAGAUAAUUCUAUUAAACUGAAGGACAAGACUUCAGUUUUGCUUAGUGGGAAAUCUUGUACAAAGGAUAAUAAUUAUUCCAUGGAAGAGCUAACAGCAUGUCUUGCAUUAUGGAAAAAAGCACCAUCAGAAUCCACUAACAUUCAAAAGUGUGACAAAUUAGGAAAAAACAAAGUAUCAGAUGGAAUGUCAUCUCCUACAGCUAUAAGAAACAUAAAUGAAACAGUUUUGCCAACUAUGAGUAUUCCUAUUGGGCACAAACAUGAAUCUGGAAAUUUAAAUUUAACAAAGGGGAUUGAACUUCAAAUUGCUGUUGUUUCACCUUUAAUCCUUUCAGAGUCAAAACCAUCAAAUGACCAACCUCUAAAGUCAACUAAAUCUUCAUUACAAUCAGUGUUCCCAGUUAUUCAAGAAGGCAGUGUGUGUAGUUUACAUGACCAAGUUAAAGAAAAAGUAGUUGCUUCAUCAAAUGUUGAUACUAUUAAAAGGACAGAAACUUGUGUUACGACAAAUAAUUUUGCACUGAUUAAUAAGUUCGAUUCCAAAUUACAAGACGUAAAAUCAGCUGAUGGAAUAGUACAUUCCGACAUAAACUCAAGUUUUUCAUCUGAAACAAUGAAAGAAAAACUAGGCAAGUCAGAACCACACCUAUCACAUUUAGAAAAGGACGUCUCUUCUCUGAACAAUGAAAACAGCUCAGGGCAAGGUGCAGAACAAAACAAGGAAGAACAAAUCUCAAAGCAGGUGGUGGAUGAUACUCCAUUGAAUGAUGACUUGUUACAAAUUGCCAGUGUCUGUUCUCUUGUCGAAGGUGAUAUGUCUUAUAAUUCCCAAAUAGCCAAUAUGUUCAACUGUGUCUCUUCAACACAGGUUGAUAAGAAAGAGGUUUCUUUACCAGACAACACUGUAAUUGAUAAUAGACAGCUUAAAGAGAAACUGAACCAAACAAAGUUUGAAUCUGUGAGUAAUUUUAAGGGGCAGAAUUUGCUGAAAAUUACUAAUGUUCUACCUAAAAUAUCUUAUAGGACAAAAUCAUUGGGGACUUCAAAAUCAUUUAAGUUAAAGCAUUGUGAAACAAAUGACAAAAUUGCAAAACAAAAAAAUGAUGUGGAACAGAAUAUUGAGAAGAUGGAAGUUGUUAGUAGUAAGUGUUGCUCGUCAACUGAUGAUCAGCCAGAUCUUAACUCUAAAGAAAUUGCUGAUAUAUCUAGCACAGAUUUCGCUAAAGAGCCUUUAUCUUGUAUGGUCCAAAAUAUUGAACAAGCAAACAAUGAGAUUAUUUUUGACGAGGCAGCAUCUGUGAAAUAUCUAGAUGGCCAGUUGUCUGAACUUGUAGAAGAAUUUCCUUAUGGCAUUGAAAGUGCAGAUACACACAAUAUACCAGCAGAAAAUAAAAAUUCAUCACUGCAGCUAACCAUGAACUCAAUAACUAAAAAUAAAGAAACCAGUAUCAAAAGCAACUGUGACUCUGAAGAUCCAGUAAACCAAAUUAAAAUUACAAUCUUGAGCUCAGAAUGUAUGAAAGAAUUGUUCCCUAAAGAGAGUAAAGAAAUCUGUGAGGAAGAUGACAACCUAGACAAAUUGGAAAAUUCUCAGAAAAAGGAAUCAAUAACAGAAGUCCAAAAUAAUUGUGGUUCAGAUGUGAAAACUACAGGAGAUGAUGUCAAUCAGGAUUCUAUAGUACCCUCUACAGGAAAAGAUGAUGUUCAUUGCUGUGCAUUAGGUUGGCUAUCUACAGUUUAUGAUGGCGUGCCCCAAUGUCUGUGUGAUUCUAGAAAGAACAUUGCAACAGAAGAGAAGCUUGAUGGCCAGAGUUCUCUUUCAGAAAGCUUGAGUUAUAAAGCAGACUCAGCUACUGAUAGGAACAUGCUUGCUACAAAAAUUAAUAGCCCAUUAAAGAAUAACUUGCAGAAUUCUCCAGCAUAUCCUGAAGGGAAAAGAAGUUUGCUUGAAAUGGAACAAGAUGAAAUAAAAUGUUCACCAAAGGGCAUAGAAAAAGAAAAGCCUAGUUUUUCUCCUAGAAAGAAAAUAGUAAAAUAUAAUGAAAGAGAUUCUCAGGAAAAUCCACAGAAGAUAUUUAAGGCAAGAAACUUAAUCCCUUUACAUGGAGAAAAGAGAAAAUCACAUUUUUGGUCAAUUAAAAACAAAGAAUUUCUUAAGAAGGAAUGUUCUUCAACAGAGAAGUUAAAACGGAAAUUUAAGUCAGGUUGCUCAAAAUUUAGAAAUCCAAAGUGGAAGUUGGAACAACUUAAUGUAUCUAAUAUGGAGCAGAAAAAGAAAAAAUAUCAGCUAGAACAGAAAACAUCUAUAGUAAAUGGGUCUAAGUUAUGUGAAUCUCUCUCAAGCACAAAUGAAGAAAAUUGUGAAGAAAAAACCUCUACAGAUGCAAAGUCCACAAACUUGGAAAGGAAUGUCCACCAGGAUAUAAUGAAUACUUCAAAUGUGAACUUGAACUGUACAAAGUCUAAUGGCAGUCCAUGUGAAAUUAAUAAAAUCCUAUCUUCUCAAGAUUAUUUUCAGAGACAAAAGCAAAAAGAAAAGAUUGGGAAAGGAGACUUAAAGCAAAGGCAUGAAAGUGAGAGAUUUAAAAAAAAUAGGCCACAUGUUUCUGAAUGGCGCAACAAACUCACUAUAAAACUGGUUAACUGUGCAAUAUCAAAUGAGGGACACAAUGUACGGAAAUAUAAAAGAUCAUUAGACAACUUAGCACACCAUAAUAAAGCCAGUAAGUCUCAUAGAAGCAAGAUCCAUCAUUCAAAAGAGUCCAAAAUAUGUGGCAUUGCAAGGAAUGUACAAGAAAAAGUUGGUGAAAAACAGCUUGAUAAUGUAGUUAUUUUAAACAGAAAAAUUACCAAAUAUAACCAAGUUCCUCUCCAAGGAAAGGAUCAAAAGGAACAAAAGAAACUGUAUUUGAACAGAGUUGCAUUUAAACGUACCGCACAAGAAAGUAUUUGCCUGACAAAAUUAGACUGUUCACCCAGGAGUUCUGUAAAUAAAGUUAAGUGUGGUAAUGAUGGUAAUGAGUCCAUCCAAGAUUCAUUUUCACUUGAGAAGGAUGAAUUUGAGAAACCCAAAAUGCUGGAAUUUAAGUUAUGUCCAGAAGAACUUUUUAAGAAUGGAAAUAGUGAAGAACAUCCAGAUUUUAAGUCUUUUCCCAGGAAGGAGCAAGUUCCUGUACAAGGCAUAAAAACUACAAAAGAAGAUUGGUUAAAAUGUAUUCCUCAGAAGAAAAGGAAAAUAGAAGCAGUCAAAGAUAAAGAUGACAAUGCUGUAUCUAAUUCAAGAGUGUACAAGAGAACAUUGAGUGUGGAUGAAUGCAAGGCUGUUCAGAACCUGCCAAACGAUUCAAAAACAAUGUUUCAGACCUACAAGAAGUUAUAUUUGGAGAAAAGAAGUAGAAGCCUAUAUGACAGUCCUACAAAGUAAUUAUCUUUUUGUUAGACAAAGGUUAGGAAGCAGCGUGUUGUACUAAAAGUGUCCAAAUGCUGUUCCUUCCAAGAAUUAAUUUGUAUUCUUUUCUCCUUUUAAAAAUUCAUUUCUGUAGCUGGCAGUGGAUUCACUAUUGCAAUUAGGAAGGCUUUCCAGUCAUAAAUUUUAUUUCUGACUUAAAUAACAUCAUUUGGAAACAUCUUGUUUGUAUGGGGAGAAAGUUUAAUAUUUCUUUGCUUAGAAAAACAUCAAAUAAAUUGAUGCAAAGAACCCUGAUUGUGCUUAACAGGGAAACCAUAAAGUAUUUAGCUACCACAUUGUUGAACCAACAGACAUAAUUAUGAAGUAAUUGUUUUGUUUAAUUUUUUCUUAUUUUUGUAUUUCAAAUGCUGAAUAGAACUGUUAGCAUAUUCCUCGACAACAACUACUUGUAUACUUCAUUAGAAUUGUAAAUACAUUCUUAUGCUUAUAAGCUAUAUUAGCAGAUCUUAACUACUUGUGAAUUUUGAGAUAUAUUCUUGAGUAUUUUGUUAAAAGUGCCAUUUUGUACUGUUAAAUUUUGUACUUGAAUUGUAAACUUUUUCCCAAAGUCUUGUUUUUUUUACUUAUUACAUUGAAAACAAUUUGGACGUUUAAACAUCACUUUUCAUACUUGAAAUAAACAUUUAUU